AUGUGGUUGCCGCUAAUUUUAGCAAGCAUUUUUGUUGGGGCUUAUGGAUUAAAAUACUCAGAGAAUGAUUUAGAAAAGUUCAUAAAGGAGACAUUUGGAGUAAAUGAUACUUCGAAUUUUAAUUUUGACCAUUAUAAAGGAUUUUGUAAUCCCUAUGAAACAAAAAUGCCGGACUUUGCAGCAUCGGGACGUAGAAUUAGUGCAACAAAAUGCCAAGAAUAUGUCUGGGAGUUGAAAAAAAGACAUUAUGGAAAAAAGCGGAAAGAAAUUUGUGAAUUUUAUACUAUGAGUCAGAUCAAUGACGGCAAAAUUCCUGAAUAUAUAUUUGCGAUUAAUUCACCAGUGAAUAUCGUCGGUAAGAAAAAGGCGACAUCGAAAUUCGAGUUUCCACAUAUGGGCGCAGUCGGAUGGAGAGCGAAAGACCCGACAAAACAAUGGAGAAAGUGGAUUUUUAAAUGUGCAGGGACACUCAUUAGUAAGAAUUUCUUACUAACAGCUGCACAUUGUUCUAAACUAUCAAUGAGAAAGGUACCCGAUAUUGCCCAAAUGGAACCCGAAGUUGUAAGACUCGGACUUGCAGAUAUUGAAGACAAUGAGUUUUUAUUGUUCGACCGUAUUAUGGAUAUAAACAUUAAAAAAAUUGUAGUCCACCCGAACUAUAAACCACCUAAAAAAUAUUAUGAUAUCGCUCUAAUACAGUUAGACUCCGAAGUAAAGUUUACGGGCUAUUUACAGCCAGCAUGUCUCUGGCCCUAUCAUGAGUUUGAACAGCUUGGCGAAAAUGGGACCAUUACGAGUUGGGGGCACACUGAAGGAGAUUUUCAAUCAAUACAACUCCAAGCCGCGGUGGUGGACUUCAUUAAUACUUCUCAAUGUGAUUUGGUACUUCAUCCAUAUCACAAUAGAAAUUGGAAUGGCCUACAAUCACAUCAGCUAUGCGCCGGCCUAUUAGACGGUGGUGUUGACACUUGCCAGGGUGAUUCAGGAGGCCCAUUGCAAGUAAAAAUUCCUUUGACGGAAGGGGAUAAUAUUUACUGGGUACUAGGUAUCACGUCGUUUGGAGUCGGAUGUGGAGGAACAAAUCAACCCGGUGUCUAUUCUAGAGUGUCCAGUUUCAUAGAUUGGAUUGAAGAACAAGUUUGGAAAUCAUCUUCA